AUGAAGCUGAUGACUAAUGAAGAAUGCUGGGAGCUGAUCUCUAGAUCUGCUUUUAAAUCUAUAUCAGUCGGUUCUAUCAAUCAAGAAUUAGAAGGAAUUGGCAAAAGAAUUGCAGAGCAGUGUAAGGGCUUGCCGUUAGCUGCAAGAGCCAUCGCAUCUCAUCUCCGGUCAAAGCCAAGUCCUGAUGACUGGUAUGAUUUAUCAAAUAAUUUCUCAACAUACACCAACAACAUCCUUCCAGUUCUUAAACUGAGCUAUGACUUUCUCCCUCCUCAACUUAAGCGAUGCUUUGCCCUCUGCUCAAUAUUCCCCAAAGGGUAUGUGUUUGAUAGGGAAGAAUUGGUGCUUCUAUGGAUGGCGAUAGACCUCUUAUACCAACCAAGGAGCAACAGAAAACUGAAAGAUAUUGGUUACGAUUACUUUGAUGAUUUAGUUGCUCGUUCUUUUUUCCAGAGAUCGAACAUCACCAUGACAAGCUUUGUGAUGCAUGAUCUCAUGAUGAUUGGCUAA